UUGGUACAGCAGGACGUUUGUAAACCUCAUAUGUGUCUUAUUGCCUUCGUUUUCGUCUCAUAUAUGCCCAGCAUUCAUUUUGUCACUGGUCAUAGGGGUGUUUGUCCCGGUUAGAUCGUGCGUUUGAGUAUUUGGCACGGAAACGGCGAGAAUGGUUUAAUAAUCUACGACGCUGUUCACUGUCGGCAGAGUUUCGGAGCUCCAGCUUCUUCAGUCUAACGGGUAGGUUCAGCUUGCGCAGUUUGUCGCUGGACAUGGCAGGGGGAUUGAAAGAGGGAUUCUUGCAGCUCACGCGCUACCUGCAGGACCCGGAGCACGUCGCACGCUUUCAGCGAAUGUGCGGGGUGCGCGCGACUGACACACGGGAUAAAACCUAUAACGGGACAACCUUUGUACGCCACGGGGCUGUUCAAAACGGAGGUGGGGAUGGAGUCCGCCGCAGAACAACAGAAUCAGAGACCGAUGGGCAGAAGUGCAAAAAGGGCGUUGCGAACCGGACAGCAGUGCUUGCUCCAGGAACUGGGAAAGGUCAGCACAGCGGGCGAGCACCGGAUGAUCACUUGGAGGACGGCUCUGAACUGAACGCUGCUCGGGGAUCCACAGUAAAGCCGUUGCGUAGAAACUCUCUCACCGAAGACGUCGGCCAAGAGUUCCUCAUCGAGAACAAGUUUCUCUUCUACCUUUUCACGCUCGGUACCGAGCUUGGGAAUGAGCUGUUCUACAUCAUGUUCUUCCCGUUUUUCAUGUGGAACGUGGACGCUUACGUCAGCCGACGGCUCGUAGUGGUCUGGGUGUGGGUAAUGUAUCUCGGACAGUGUACAAAAGAUGUGAUCCGGAGUCCGAGGCCCGCCUCACCGCCUGUGAUCAAAGUGGAGAUGUUCUAUAACUCUGAGUACAGCAUGCCCUCCACUCAUGCCAUGUCUGGUACAGCCAUACCGGUGAGCCUGUUCCUGCUGACCUACGGACGGUGGGAGUAUCCUCUGCUGCUGGGUCUCUCUCUGGCUCUUAGCUGGUGUGUGCUGGUGUGUUUGAGCCGCAUAUACAUGGGCAUGCACUCCAUACUGGAAAUCAUUGCUGGUUUCCUGUACAGUUUGCUGAUCCUGGUGGUCUUCAGUCCUGCUCUGGACAUCAUUGACACCUUUAACUGCACUCAUCGCUUUGCCCCUCUCCUCAUCAUCUCGCUUCAUGUGGGACUGGGCCUCUUCUCCUUCACCCUGGACACCUGGAGCACCUCGCGAGGUGACACCGCCCAAAUCCUGGGCUCUGGGGCGGGUAUUGCCUUGGCAUCCCACAUCAACUACAAACUUGGCCUGUUGCCAGACCAACCUGCAUCGAUGCUGCCUCUCCACCCCCAACCUCUCACUCUCAGCUUGAUCGGUCUCUGUCUGCUACGCUUUUGCCUGGGGGUCAUCAUUCUCCUGAUUACCAGAGCCAUAAUGAAGGCUCUCACAAUCCCGCUCGUGUGUAGGAUCUUUGGGAUUCCAUGUGAUGAUGUUCGAAAGGCCAGGCAGCACAUGGAGGUGGAGCUGCCAUAUCGAUAUAUCGUUUAUGGAACAGUGGGGCUCAAUGCACUUUUCCUUGUGCCUUUCCUACUUGGAUAUAUGGGUCUGAUGUGAUUUGAUCUGACAAGCUUUCAGCCCUUUUGGACUGCAUAGGCCAAUCAAUGAUUGUUAGAACUAAUGCCAGUCAUUUUACACUGUGCUACAGAUGCACCUUGCAAAAGAUCCAUUAAUAUAAACUGUCCUCCAUCAUUGUUGUUCAUUUAUAAUUACUUAUACAGAUUAUAAAAUCAGAACAUCUGUAUUUGGUUUUACCCUUAAUUCAGAGAUUUUUUCACCCUUUUCUUGAGUUUGAAAAUCUGUUUAAUUUUAGAUUUUAAAAUCUAUUCUGAUCUAUAAUCAUAUUAGAAACUUUUAUAUAUCAAAGCUCUUUUCAACAUUUUCUCAAACAAUAUAGUGGUUUUAGUGGUUUAUUGAAGACUUUAGCAUAGUAGAAGCAAGUUUUGUUAAUGUCAUCAUAAGUUUGUUAGGAGAACUCAAACUCUUGCAUCAAGAGUUUAAAAUGCUUCAUGCUCAGAAGACUGAAACUUUCAGCUUUGUUUUAGAGGACAGGUUGUCACCACUCAGGUGGAACCGAUGCAAAUGUGUGGUAAUCUGUCUGCCAUUUUUGCUGAAAUUGAUGAUGACAUUUAUAUUUUUCUUGUUUCAAAGACUUGCAUAAAAUGCAAAAUGUGUGGACUUAAAAGAAGGUUUCAUCCAAAAAUGUUAAUCUAGUCAUUGUUUACUCACCCCAUGUUAUUAUAACCACAUACAUUUUUCUUCUGUGAAACACAAGGUGAGAUUUUCAGCAAAAUGUCAGAGCUCUUUUGUAUUCAAGGAAGUGGAUGGUUAAUUAUACUACCAAGCUCCAAAAAGGACAAAAAACCAUGAUAAAAGUAUAACAAAGAAAGAGAACAUUCAUAUGACUGGUGCACUAUAUUCUAAGUCUUAAGACAUAUAGCUUCAAGUAAAGACCAAACUGAAAUUUAAGGCAAAUCUCAUUGCGGUUGCAUUUUUCGACCACAUGAUGUCAAACCUCGUCUUAAAACACUGCAUGGGAAAUGGUAACCAUGUAAAAUUUUGGUUGAAUUAUUCCUUUAAAUGCAAAUGUCUAUAGAAAAAGCCACUCAUAUCAUAAUGGUUAGAUGUUUGGGAGUAGCAUACCCUUUUGGUACUUGUUUCAGGUUAUUCCAGAUGUGUAGCCUUUGUUUUUAUACAGAUCUAUUGCUCCAAAGACUCUUCCUCCUUUUUGUGAUGAAGACUUUUUUUUAAGGAAAGGCUGCCUUAACUGACCACUUAAGAACUAGUUUCCAAGUUAAACCCAACCAUGGGUUGUUUGUACAUUGGAAGUAUUAGCAAUGCACUAGUGAUUCUGAAUAUUGUUUAAUAUUGAAUAGGUCAAUCACAAAUCAGGGAGUUUGGCUCAUAAUAAAAUUAUUUUAUAUAGUAGAUUUCUCACUCUACUUUCAUUCCCUGUAAGUUGCUACUUAAAAUACGGUACUAUGUGUGUGUGUAUAUGUGAUUUAUUAUUAUUCUCAAUGAAAAAACACCACGAUUAAGAAUAGAAUAACAAAUUUGUACUCUUAAUAUUAUUUAGCAGUGUCAUAUUGCAACAAUGUAAAUUUCAGCAUUGAUUAUGUAAAGGCAACAAGAAUGGACAAUGUUGUGUUUUAAUGUAUAGGUAAGAUGAGUUUGUGGUACUGUUUUAAAAUGCACUGUUCCCAGUAUGCACUGCUCUGCUGUGCGUGUGUGUUCGUGCGCGUGCGUGUUGCUUUACCGUUGUGGUGACCUGCGCUUGGGCUUGCGUGCCACAGCAGAGUGUGUUUUUCUCUUCCUGUGGCCUUGUGUGUCUUGUACACAUGCAAGUUCCUUUUUCUUGCUGAAACGGAAGGUAAUUUCCCAGUUAUUUUUGUAAACAUGAUCGUUUUGGAUUCACUGAACAAUGAGACAUUAAAAAAACAUAAAUUCUACCAACUAAAGCAAAUACUGACUUUUGCCCUUCCACUAAUACAUUCAUUUUAAAACAAUGCAGAUCUCCAUAAGUUAAAGGUCAGAUGGAAGAGAAAUUACGGACAGCUCAUGAGCAGGAAGGAGAGAAUAAGCAUAAAUCGCUCGUUUUUAGGACCAACUCUGUGUGUUCCUUACUGCGUGAUUCGUUGAUGCCAUGAUAAAAUAAAUAAGUGGUUUGUUUGUGAAUAGCAAUAGGUAGCAUUUAUGCAGUAGUAAUUCAUAAUUCACUGUAUUUAACUAAUAGUGAUUUGUUUAUGACCAAAUUUGCUGCAGUACCUUUAUGUAAACUAUUUAUUGUAAUGUUCCUAUGAACAGGCCCAGAUGGGAAACUGCAGCUACAGAACUCUUCCAAUUUUCUCAGAUUUGUUGUUUUACGUGACCCCCACCUACUUGUUUUUUUGGGCUAAUUUUAUGGUGCUCUUAGCUGCCAAUAAGAGUGUAGUAUUCUCAGGUCCAUUGAACUGAGUUUACCCUCCAAUCAGUCCAUAUGGGCCUGCCCCAUGACUCUAAUUAGGCUCUCAGCAUAAGAAACUUGUCCAAUGGUAAACUUCAUUUAAAAAUGCAUUCUUUUCUGUGUUUUGGCUUUCUGUGGGUUUUACAGGCAAGACACUGAAUAAACGGAUUCAAAAUUAACUACCAAAGAGUGCCUUACCGUGUAAAUCUCUGACAUUCUGUGAUGUUUGAUAUUGGUAAACAAAGCGACUCUUAUUCUUAGGGGUUUCUUUUUCUUACUGUUGUGUAUGUUAAACUGAACUAGAAUACUUCAAAUGAGAAUGACUGAUUGCUGCUCAGUCCACCCUGGUUUGUAUGUGAUUGCGUACAGUGUGUACAAACAAGCAACAAAAAUCAAAUAUUUAAAAUCAACUUCUUUUAAUGUUUUAUUCAUCUUUAUAUAUAAUAACUCCGCAAAAAAAGAAACGUCCCUUUUUUAGGACACUGUAUUUUAAAGAUAAUGUAGUAAAAAUACAAAUAACUUUUAUAGAUCUUUAUUGUAAAGCGUUUAAACAAUGUUUUCCAUGCUUGUUCAAUGACCCAUAAACAAUUAAUGAACAUGCACCUCUGGAAUGGUCGUUAAGACAGUAACAGCUUACAGACGGUAGGCAAUUAAUGUCACAAACCUUAGGACACUGAAGAGACCUUUCUACUGACUGAAAAACACCAAAAGAGAGAUACCCAGGAUCCCUGCUCAUCUGUGUGAAUGUGCCUUAGGCAUGCUGCAUGGAGGCAUGAGGACAGCAGAUGUGGCCAGGGCAAUAAAUUGCAAUGUCCGUACUGUGAGAUGCCUAAGACAGUACUACAGGGAGACAGGAAGGACAGAUGAUUGCCCUCGCAGUGGCAGACAACGUGUUACAACAACUGCACAGGAUCGGUACAUCCGAAUAUCACACCUGCGGGACAGGUACAGGAUGGCAACAACAACUGCCCAAGUUACACCAGGAAUGCACAAUCCCUCCAUGCUCAGACUGGCAAAAAGUGCUCUUCACUGACGAGUCACUGUUUUGUCUCACCGGGGGUGAUGGUCGGACUCUCGUUUAUCAUCGAAGGAAUGAGCGUUACACAGAGGCCUGUACUCUUUAGCAGGAUCGAUUUGGAGACAGAGGGUCCAUCAUGGUCUUGGGCGGUGUGUCACAACUUCAUUGGAUUGAGCUUUUUUUUUGUCAUUGCAGGCAAUCUCAAUGCUGUGCGUUACAGGGAAGACAUCUUUUCUCUAGGUAUGGUAGGAGGCAUUCUAAAGGUGCCAAGAGCUUGUUAGGUGUAGAUCUAAAACUGCAACUACCAUAAAAAUCGAAUAAUUGUAAACGGCUAUUUAAUGUUGUGCACAACGAUUAUGGAGAGCAACUGAACUUAAGACAAAACAAAUUCAGUGACCUUCACACAGUUCUUGACACCUGCAGAAUUACACACCCACAGGGCUGAAAAUUUAAUGCACAAAUUACCAAGAAUUCAGUGUUAUGAGGACAACUGUGCUCGAUAAUAAAACAGCUUGUAUUAGAAGGUGUGUUUUUCCUAGAAGUUAUCUGAUGUUCUUUAUUUUUUCCUAGAUUGGCAUUUAGUGUACUUAAUCUUAAGCAAAAAUCUAUUACCGUAGUCUUAUCUGUUUUUGAAACAUUUACAUUUAUGCAUUUGGCAGACAUCCAAAGCGACUUAAAGUACAGUGCACUUAUUACAGAGACAAUCUCCUCGGAGCAACCUGGAGUUAAGUGCCUUGCUCAAGGACACAAUGAUGGUGGCCGUGGGGAUCAAACUAGUGACCUUCUAAGUAACAGUUAUGUGCUUUAGCCUACUACGCCACCACCACCGCCGAA